CUCUGUCGCGCGCGCUCUCCGUUCAUCUUCAACUCUCUUUUCUCCCCUCACCUUUUUUUUUUUCUGUUUCUUUUCAUUGUUUUUAAUUAUUAUUAAUUUGAUUUCUCCUGCAUCAUGAACCAUCUGAAAUGCUGCUUCAUCGCCGGGAGCGUCAUCGGCGCGGUCGCGUGCGCGCUCGGUCUCAUCCUCAUUCCAGUGGGCGACUCUGUGAUCGGGAGCACUGUCAAAAAGGAAGCCGUGUUGGAGGAAGGAACCACGGCGUACGAGAACUGGAUCUCGGCCGGCGCGCCGGUGUAUCGCCAGUUCUGGCUGUUUGAAGUGCAAAAUCCAGACAAAGUGUUGAACGGCAGCAUUCCUCAGCUCCAGCAGAAAGGACCGUACACGUACAGGACGAGGUACAUCCCCAAAGAGAACGUGACGUUCUACCAGAACCACACCGUGUCCUUCCUGCUGCCGUCAGGAGCCAUCUUUGAGCCGAGCAUGUCUGUAGGACCAGAGGAGGACGUGGUGACCUCACUGAACCUCGCUGUGGCUGGUGUCUACAGUCUGCUAAAUCACAUGGUGGCUAAUAUGAUGAUCCAACUGAGCGGCUCGUCUCUGUUUCAGAAGAGAACCGUGAAGGAGCUGUUAUGGGGCUACACAGACCCCAUGCUCAAAGUAAAACUGGGAGUUUUUCACCCGUAUAACGGAACCUAUGACGGACCCUACAGCGUCUUCACAGGCAAAGACGACAUCAACAAAGUUUCCACCAUCGACUCCUGGAACCUUGAGAAGACUCUGUCCUACUGGAACAAUACGUACUGUGAUAUGAUCAAUGGCACAGACGGCUCGUCCUUCUCUCCAUUCCUGGACAAGAAGACGCCGUUGUACUUCUUCUCCUCAGACAUCUGCAGGUCCGUCUCAGCCGAGUUCGAUGCCAGUGUGGAUUUGAAAGGGAUCACAGUGUAUCGCUACAUGCUGCCAUCACAGACCUUCGCCUCUCCCGUGGAGAAUCCAGACAACCGGUGCUACUGCACAAACACCCAGACCACCAGGAACUGCACGCUGGCCGGCGUGCUCGACGUCGGAGCGUGUAGAGGUACUCCUGUGCUCAUUUCCCUCCCUCAUUUCCUCCAUGGCAGUAAGGAGCUGCAGGAACUCGUUCAUGGUCUAAACCCGGACCCUGAGGAACACUCCACCUAUCUGGACGUGGAACCGAUCACAGGCUUCACACUGAGGUUCGCCAAACGCCUUCAGGUCAACAUGAUGUACGGCCCAUCAAAGGACAUCAAGAUCCUUAAUAAAGUGAAGGAGAACACCGUCUUCCCCAUCCUGUGGUUAAAUGAGACGGCGGCACUCGAUGAUGACACAGCACAGAGGAUUAAGGCGGAGCUCUUCUCCCGGAUCGACACUCUGGAGACGGUGCAGAUCGCUCUGAUAUCAGCCGGAGCGGUGAUGUUGGUGCUGUGUCUGAUUGGAGUGUGUGUGGUGAACCACCGGAGUCGCUUAUCGUUCAUAGCGUAAAGCGUAACGUGUUUACACGCUAAUCAUUUCUGAUUAACGUCAGGACUGUAGCAAACGCUCCAGCUCAGGAAACUACAUGACGCUGAAGUACGGCAACACUAAUGGGACAAAUACUCAACUAUACUACACCACUAGGGGGUGCUGGAGGGUCAGGACAAACUUUACGGAAAAUUUGUACGUUAAUGCAACACGUAUACGCACUUGCUUUCAGUAAAUACUUUACAUUUUAUUUAAACACCUAUAAAGUAAAAACGCAAAAAUUUAAUUUUUUUCAAAUUUAGCGAAUUAGCCGAGACACGCUUAGUGUGUGAAGUCUUUAGUUUUGCACUGGAGCUAACAGGCUAAUGGAGAACGUAGCUAACAAGUAAGGAAAGCUUUAUAGCUACCAGUUUAACGUUAAUCAAACUGAAUCACUUUCUUCCUGAACACAUAGAAGGGAUAAUAAAAUUUGAUAAUAAAAUUUCAUUUGUGUAUUUAAUUCUGCUAUUGUACUAUUAGGUUUAAAUCUAAUGUGUGUCAACGAGUGUGUGAUGAUUUAGCCGUGCAGCUUGCACAAUGCUAAACUGGUGGCUAUAAUCUUACAUUUAGCUCCAGUGCGAAAGGAAAGAAGUGACAUUUUGGAUAAAUAGCCUUUAAUGCGGUAUUUUUUAUAGUAUACGUUUAUAGUACUUAUUCAGUACUGUAACGAAUUAAUUCUUUUAAGAAUAAAUAUUAUAAAAUAAGUUUUAUUCCAGUUUGCGACCAAUAAAAGGAAGAAUGUAAAAAAAAA